GCGCGUGCUUAAUCCAGCGGUACGUGGGAUUGGGCGGGAAGAGUCGGUUGAGGAAACACGGGAUUGGGUGGAUGGAAGUCAAACUGCUGCUGAUGAGAUGAAUCCACUUCACUUCACUUUAUCUCAACUGAGGAAACGCACGCAUGCAGUUUCUGUUCGGCGUUUAAUGAGAAAGAGACAUUUUCCUGUCCAUAUAUUGACAUCGUUGGAAAGAAUAAUCGUAUUGGACAAAUAGUUUGCCAAACAGAAGAAUAUAUAUAUAAAACAUUUACAAUUAAAAAGAUGGCUUUCAUGGUGAAACACGUAGUCGGCGGUCAGCUAAAGAAUCUGACUGGAGGUCUGACAGAAGAGAAAUCUGACGGAGAUAAAUCCGACGCGGCUACUAAAGGAAUGACACAAGAAGAGUUUGAACAGUACCAACAACAACUAGAGGAGGAAAAGCAAGAACGAGAUGCCAAUUUUGCCCAGCGGAAGGCGGAGAGGGCGACAAUCAGAACUCACUUCAGAGACAAAUACAAGUUACCAAAGAAUGAGGUAGAUGAGACUCAGAUUCAGGCUGCUCAAGAUGAUGUUGAGCUCCCCACUGAACUGGCCAAGAUGAUCGCUGAGGACAACCAAGAAGAGGAACACAAGCAGUCCGUCCUGGGUCAGCUGGCCAACAUCCAGAACGUGGACGUGAAUCAUCUAAAGGGCAAAGCUCAGGCCACGCUGGAAGAUCUGAAGAACUCUGCUGAGAAGUGUUCCCUCAUGUGAUCUCUCUGUCUCUCUUUCUUCCAAAAAACCUUAUUUUCACCUUAUCUACUGUACUGUAUAUCUUCUCCAUCAUCUCGCUCUCAUAAAACAUACUGAACACACACACACUGCCAAACAUCCAUGCUCACAAAUCUAGUGGUAUGUGUAUGGCAGUGUUGUUUCAUAAUUCUAAUAUUGUUCUAGAAGUUUAAAUGUCAUCUGUGUUCUAACCGGUGAACCUUAUUUCACCCCAAAAUCAAAGAAGUUUUUGUGAAAUUCACACAACCCUGACAGGCCUUCUCUUCUCUCAUCAAAUAUAGACCCUGUUUACACCUGGUAUUAAGCAUGUGGUCAGCGCUAAAUAGAGGUGUAAAUUGGAUCCGAAAAGUUUUGUGAUCGGAUCACAAAAAAACACUUAUGAAGGUAGUCAGAAACGCAUGUGACCAUGUUUGAUUUGAGGUGUAAACAGUCAUUCAACCUGUAUGUGUCCCGGACAGCAGUGAAGCACCUCCCCCACCUGUAGAUCAACCACUGCACUAAAACAAGUGUUUAAACUUGUUUUAAACCUGUUUAGCUCAGCGAGUAAAGACGCUGUCUACCAUCCCUGCAGUUUGCGAUUUAGAAUCGCGUGCUGAGUGACUUCAGCCAGGUCUCCGAAGCAAACAAAUUUGCCUGGUUACUAGGGAGGGUAGAGUCACAUGGGGUAACCUCCUCGUGAGAUUGGUCUGCCGCCUUCCGGAUUGAGGCAAGUCACUACGCCACCACGAGGACUUAGAGUGCAUUGGGAAUUUGCCAUUCCAAAUUGGGGAAAAUGGAGAGAAUAUAAAAUAAAAAAGAGAUUAACAGUCCAAUCUGAAAUUAUUAAAAAGUGGAUUGAUACACAAGCACAAGAACUUCUUUAGUAUCUUCUUUAGUAUGCUAACACAGGCACUUCACAGAUAAUUCUGCUCGAAAUGUUCGAUUUGUGCUUAGAUUAAUUUUCAACUGUAUCUGGGAGAAACGGCACGUCGGAUCUUUCGUGCAUUCUUUGUCUUUAAUGACCUUUUUUGUGGUUUAUUAUCAAGCAAGAAAACACUGACAGUGUGAUUGAUAUAUGUCAUCAUGAAAUCAGUGACACUUUCCUUGAUAUCCAAACACAAAUGGUCACAAGAGAUGCAUUUAAAGGACCAGGUGUAAAUAGCGAUGUGUCUUGUCUGACCACAUGUGAUCAGAUCAACCGAGAUGCAUCUUAAUACCAGGUGUAAACAGGGUCAAAGACAUCCUGCUCUGAGAAUCCUAUCAAAACACCUGCUACAGUGUGAACAUGUUAAAUGGUCAGGUCCAUUAAAGCAAUAGUGUGGGUUCAUAAUCCUGAAGAGUCCAUAGAAAAGUGACUGCCCUUGAGUCUGGGGUCUGUUUGAAGGGCUUAUGUGUGCAGAGUCAGAGGAGUAGAGCAGAUCUUUUAGAUGUCCACACUUACCCCCUUUCCACUAACUUAGUCCCAAAACUGGUGAACAGACAGGAGAUCGGUGAAGAGGUGUGCAAUGAGAGGUGUACGAUGACAUAACUGACUAAUAACCUGCCUGCAAGUGAACAUGCUACAUAAUAUCACGGUCUUCGUUUUUUACUGCUAGACAUCCAACGUAAUUCCAUUCAGCGUCUUUAUGCUUUCACAUGCUUUGGUGCAGCAGCCAAUGAAGGUGUAUUUAAAUGUAUAACAUAAAUUCACAGCAGUCAGUUCACAAACAUGAUAUUUUUCAAUAAACACCUUUUAUUUUAAGCAGACAAGGAAAAUAAAGUAGGUAAAGUGUAGAUUUGAAUAGGUUUAAGACUAGCAGAUUUUAAGGGCCUUUUUCUCCAGCCUAUUGCCAAUUUGAUGGAAAUAUGCAGAACAGGGCCAGAUGGGGCACAGGAACCAUGAUGGUGGAAAGGGGGUAACUAACUAAAACACCUUAUCCUUGAUUUAGCUGUGGUUAACACCUUUUGACCUUUCCUUCAGUGGUGCUGUUUUGUGCAGUUGGUUUGGUGUUGUCUUGAUGCAGAUGCUGACCUUUUGCUUUCUGGUCGUUCCUCUUACAGAGAGGUUUUCUCUAUCGCUGCAAGCAAAAUGAUUAUCUGAAAUAUUCAGCUUAAUCAUUCUGACUGCAGGUGUCAGUAUAAGGGUGGGACGGUGCAAAUAACACAUUUGUAUUAUUUAGUUAUAAAAGAAAAAACCUGAAGCAUUUUGUGUAGUUUGUGUGUUCUGUGACUUCUGUCUGUUGUCAAUGUUUAUUGGAUGAAGCCAUGCAGGGAUUUAGAUUUUGCUGGAAAGAUUGACCUGAGUAAUAAGCUGCUUCCAUCUUGGGAUUUUUGCAAAAAAAAAAAAAGAAAAGAAAAGCAAUAUUACAAUCUCUGAUGUUAAAGGACAGAGGUUAUAGCCAAUAACAUAUAGGGAGUACGUAUUUGUAUUUUGUAUUUUCCCUUUAAAUUAUUGUACCUAGUAAGUAAUAGAAUUCUUCAUUAAUGGCUAGAAAGUAUUGUUUGACUUUGAUUUUACUUGUCCUUAAUACCAUAGUUGUUUCCAUUCUGGACUGCAUAAGUAAUUUAUUUACCAAUACUGUACUUAUUCUGCUGUAAUUUCCAUAUUUUUGACUGACUGUUGGAAUCUGUAAUAAAUAUAU